AUGAUCAAUGAAGCGAAGAACAAGAUCAUAGACCAGAUGUCGCGAAUAACGAACGAGCACGCGCGCCUCACACGAGCACGCGAUGAUAUCCUGCGCAAACACAAAGAAGUCCAAGCAUGCGAGGACUUGCUCACCGCGGAAAGAACGUACACGUUCGAGGAGACGGAGAGGCUGGCCGAGCUGCUCGAGCCCGGGCCGCUCCCGCAGCCGGACUUCGAACGCGACUUUCACAUUCGCGCGGCGUUGAUGAAGUGCGCGGUGGAGUACCGCCAGCUCGACAGGCGCAUACUGGCAGAACUGGAGAUGACGAGAUCUGCCACUUCGGAGGUGCUGGACGAGUUGCGGGCGUUGGACAAGGAGUGGGACGAGCCGUAUGGAAAUCUCAUGCGCGAUGUCAUGGAGCGUAGUACGAGUGUUAUAGUGGAUCUCAUCAAUCGGUUGCAAGAGCCCAUGGGCCAAAGUACAGUCCAGACUGCUCGCACCGUGUCAGCAGUUCUUGACAGUGCUACGACGAGCUUCUUCGCCGACUCGACGAGUGUUGCAUGA